AUGACGCCCCCGACCCGCCCCGGGGUCGCUCCGAGGCUUCCCGAGGGCUCCCGAGGGCGCGGGCGGCCCGGGCGGACUCUGGCGCAUGCGCGGCGCCGGCCGCAAGAUGGCGGCGCCGUAAACAAGGGCGAAGGGGGAAGCGGGGAAGACGCGGAGCGGACACCGACUUCCGGUCGAAUCCAACUUCCGGCCGCGGCCGUCUUCCGGUCCCCGAGCCACUUCCGGUCCCGCCCCGGGUCCCUUCGUCGCCCCGCGCUUCCCUCCUCGCCUCUCCUGGUCCCGCUCCCGUCGGUCCCUCGCGACUUCCGGUCCCCAGGCGGAACCCUUUUCCGGUUGCCACCGCUCCCUUUCACGAACGCGGACGCUUCUCGGUGUCCUCUGUCUUCUGGGAUCGUCCCACUUCCGGUCCGUCCCCCUCCUGCGCUCCCCUGUCCCUCGGACACGGCGCACUUCCGGUCCGGCCUCCCCCGCUCCCCGCUCCUUCCGUUCCGCCCGGCUUCACCCCCCGCGUCUCCUUCCGCGUCCCGGGCUCCGCCCCUCCGGGCCCCGCCCCCGCGCACGCGCAGCUGCCUCCGGCGCUUCCGGUACCCCGGGACCUCGGGGCUGAGGGCGAUCGCGGGUCCCCGCGGGCGUGAACCGGGCGUGACGCGGGGCAGGAAGUGGCACGUGAGCACCAAGCUGGAGGACGGAGAGUGCUCCCACCCGGGAGACAUGGACGAGGCCGACGUCGCCUUCCUGAGCCUGAGGAUCACGGAGGAGCCGGAGGACGAGGCUGAGCUCCCGGAAGACCCGGCGCUGGCGGCGCUGCAGGCCGAGGUGGACGCGGACACGCGCGAGUUCGAGGCCGCGUCGUGGAGCCUCGCGGUGGACGCGGCGUUCGCGCAGGCGCAGGAGCGGGAGGUCGCGCGGCGGCAGGACGUGCUGUACGAGCUCAUGCAGACCGAGGCGCACCACGUGCGCACGCUGAAGCUGACGCAGCGCGUGUUCGCGCGGGCGCUGCGGGCCGCGGGGGCCGCGGGGGCCGCGGGGGCCGCGGGUUCGGUCCUGCCCGGCGCCCGGGAGCUGCUGUCGCUCCACGCGCGCUUCCUCGCGGGCCUCAAGCGGCGCCGGCGCGAGGGGCUGCAGCCGGGCAGCGCGGGCAACUACGUCAUCGCGCGCGUCGGCGACGUGCUGCUGCGCCAGGUGGGCGGGGCCCCGGGGGAGGCGCUGGAGGACGCGUACGGCGCCUUCUGCUGCGGCCACCGCGACGCCGUGACGCGCUACAAGACGCUGCUGCGGCACAGCCGCCGCUUCCGGGAGGCCGUCCGGCGCAUCGUCGCGCACCCCGUGGCGCGGCGUCUGGGCGUGCAAGAGUGCGUCCUGCUCGUCACGCAGCGCAUCACCAAGUACCCGGUGCUCGUGGAGCGGCUGCUGCAGCACACGGAGGCGGGCACGGAGGAACACGCCGACCUGAGCCGGGCGCUGCGGCUGCUGCGCGGCGCCAUCGCCCGCGUGGACGCGCGCGUGAGCGAGUGUGAGCGCGCCCGGCGCCUGCGCGAGAUCGCGGCCCGCCUGGACCCCCGCGCCCGCGCGCGCCUCCCCAGCGGCCGCGACUUCCGCCGCGACGACCUGCUCGGCCGGAAGCUGCGCCUGGACGGGCCGCUCGGCUGGAAGGCGGCGUCGGGGCGCGUGAAGGAGGUGCUGGCGGUGCUGCUGAGCGACGCGCUGCUGCUGCUGCAGGAGAAGGACCAGAAGCUCGUGUUCGCCUCGGUGGACGGGAAGCCGGCGGCCGUGGCGCUGCGGCGCCUGCUGGUGCGCGAGGUGGCGCCCGCGCCCGGCGCCAUGUUCCUCAUCAGCGCGGCGGGGGCGGGGCCGGGGCCCGAGAUGUACGAGCUGCACGCGGCCUCCCGCGACCAGCGCGACGCCUGGAUGACGCACAUCCGGCGCGCGGCCGAGAGCCUCGAGGAGGAGGAGGAGGAGGAGUACAGGGAGGACGGGGAGGACCGGGACCAGGACCCGGAAGGCCCCAGCGACGAGGCGUCCUCCGACGCCUUCGCCCUGAAGCUCCGCGACUUCCGGGAGCGCCUGGCCCGGAAGGACCGCGUCAUCGCGCAGAGCCUCCUGGAGAAGCAGCGGAUCUUCCUGGAGAUGGCGGGGGCCCGCGGGGGGCGACCCCGAGCGCCCCGGGGGCCUCUUCCGCGCCGCCGCGGACCCCGACGACGCCCCCGCGCCGAGCACCUGCUCCGGGCCGCCCUGAGCGAGCUCGAGGGCAUCCAGAGCCUCCUCUGCCGCCGUCGGGCCGCAGCCUCCGCGGGUCCCGGGGACCAGGAGGACGAGAAGGACAGACAGGAAGGACCCCGCGGUGCCGAGGACGAGGACUGGGACGGCGACGAGGACGCGGAGCAGCAGGAGGAGACGAGGCAAAGCCCGGAGGGCGGCGGCGCGGAGGAGGAGGAGGAGGAGGAGCUCGUCCUGCGCGUCCAGACGCUGUCGCGGCUGCUGCUGGGCCUCCAGGCGGCCGUGGCGCGGCAGGACAGCGCCCUGGAGCGGCUGCGGGCCGGGGAGCACCGCCGGGCGGAGGAGGAGCGGCGGCGGGCGGAGGAGGAGGGGGAGGAGCGGGAGGAGCUGCGGCGGGAGCGGGAGGAGCUGGAGCGCGGCCGCGAGCUCUACCAGCGCGACCUGCAGCGCCUGCGCGAGGCCCAGAGACGCCUCGAGCGCCAGCGGGAGGAGCUGCGGCGCCGCGGGACCCGGCAGCCCCAACGGGGAGGCCCCGCCCCCGCGGCGCCCCCGCCCCCGCCGGGCCCCGCCCCCCGAGGCGCGCGCGCGGGGCGACGUCCCCCCCAGCUGCUGAGCGCCACCAACCAGCUGCAGCGCGCGGCCGGCGCCAUCCGCCAGCAGAUCCCGGCCAAGCUCGCCGCCCCCGCCCCCGCCCCCGCCCCGCGCGGGAGACCCCGGGGCCGCGGCCGGCGCUGCGCCAGCGCGGGCUCCGAGCUGAAGCCGCCGCCGCUGCUCAGCAGGUUCACGGCGAAGGACGGGGGCGGCCGGCGCAUGCGCGGGGCCCGGGACUCCGCCCCCGUCCCGGAGGCCCCGCCCCCCGCGCCCGCCAGCCCCGCCCCGGGCCCCGCCCCCGCCCCGCCCGACGCCGCCCGGGAGGACGUCAUCUUCUUCUGAGUGUGCGAGGCCGGGGCGUCCACGCAGCCACGCGGACAGGACGGCCCGGACCCGCGCUCACACGCGUGUCCAUGCGCAUCACACGCUCACAUGCGUGUGCUCACACGUGUUCACAUGAACUCACAUGCGUGUGCUCACACGAGUCACGCGUGUGCUCGCAUGAGCUCACAUGCCUGUGCUCCCCGAGCUUACACGCGCUCACAUGCGUGUGCUCACACGUGUUCAGACGAACUCACAUGCGUGUGCUCGCAUGAGCUCCCAUGCCUGUGCUCCCCGAGCUUACACGCGCUCACAUGCGUGUGCUCACACGCGCUCACACGAAGCACAUGCGCUCACAUGCGUGUGCUCACACGCGCUCACACGAAGCACAUGCGCUCACGUGUGUGCUCCCAUGAAGUACAUGUGCUCCCAUGCGUGUGCUCCCUUGAAGCACAUGCGCUCACAUGCGUGUGCUCCCAUGAAGCACAUGCGCUCACACGCGUGCCUCCAGGAGCUCCCCACGCUCACGUGCGUGUGCUCCCUCGAGCUCCCACGAAGCACACGCGCUCACAUGUGUGGUGCUCACAUGAGCUCACGCGCGCUCACAUGAAGCCCAUGCGCUCACAUGCGUGUGCUCACACGCACCCACAUGCGUGUUCACACGCGCAGGCGUAGUUCGUUUUCAUUUUUUUUUUAUUCACGGCGCAAAGGGCUCCACGCGUGCGCGCGCCGCGUGUCCUCGCACGCCCGGGCACGACGCGGCAGCACGUUCCAGCAAUAAAGGCACCGGAAGGAGCGAA